UUUGCCUUUGUAACAGUAAAGCUGGGCCUUUCGGUGACAAUAUCGAAAUAUAAUAUUUUUUCCUCAAUGUGGUUCGCGUUGUGUUGUAGCUGAUUUAUCAAAAAAUUAUCAUGCACCCAAGUUCACAACUCAUUUUAAACAUGAACCCUACUUACAAUAAGCCCAAGGAUUCUGGUAGAAGUCGGCAAGUUUGGAUAUCAGCUGACGUGUUUCCUCUAAAGUAUAUCGUGUGGCAGCACUGAUGAAGGAACCUCCCCUAUAUCAUCAGUACAUAGCUAACCGCCACGAGAUAUGUCACGUCAACAGUGCUAAGUUGGAAUCCAGAUAGUUGCAAGCAACACGUUUUUUUCUUGUCCAGACAAUUAUUGUUCAUCAUUUGAUCACUAUGGCUAACCAGUUCGAGAAGUCACAGUGGCAACAGUUGGUUAACAGCAAAGUACUGUCGGAUGUGUCUUUUGCCGUAGGGUCGAAUUCCACCCUCAUCUACGGCCAUCGUUCUCUUAUUGCUGCGGCUAGUGAUGUGUUCUUCCAAAUGUUCGCCGGAGAUCUCGCGCCAACCAAUGGAGAAGUUAUCACAGUACCCGACAUCGAGUCAGAGAUCUUUCUGGAAAUGAUGAAAUUCAUCUAUUACGAUGACGCUGCCAUGACGGCCGAUAACUUGGUGAAGCUGUAUUAUGCAGCCGAAAAGUAUAACUUGAUUCAACUGAAGCAGCAGUGUCAUCAGUUUAUUACCGACCACGAGGAUUCAAUGUUGCUCAUUUUUAAAAAUAAUUUAGAAUAUGGCUUCGAAAUGAUUGAUCAGGUUUGCUACAAGAUCAUACAUGACAAACCGUUCAAGAUGUUCAAGUCACCAGAGUUCUUGGAACUUCCAUUAGAAGCUAUGCGAAAAAUUUGCAGUCAUCGGGCAUUGAGGUGUAAUACUGAUCAGCUGGUGGAAGCUAUGCAGAAAUGGGAAGAUUAUGAAUACGAACAUCGACAAGGAGCUGUUGAUAAACUGAAGGUGAUUAUAGACAAACAGAAACAGCAGUCAAGAUACCAUGGGCUUAGAAAAAUUUGUUUUUUCGGACCUAUUAACUACGCUGAAAUAGUACCUCCAUUCAUUGCAACGAUUAACAUUGAAGCGCGUUUGAAUUUUAAAAUAUAUGGAGUAGGACUUUACGUGGGAGUAGAAAAUUCUAAUAAAAUUAAGGAUAAUGUAAUCUUACAAAUCGUCCUAAGUCUGCGGAAUCAGAACAAAACCUUUAUUUACACAGUAGAUACACAAAUCAGAAAGGAUGUUUAUAUAUACGAUCUUAUGUUUGAGGCACAUUCAGUGGAGGCUGAUUCACAAAUAUCUCUAAAAAUUGAAGAAAUGAUCACAUCUCAGAAAGUCAUGAGAAUGUAUACGCCAGUUACGACAACGGACAAUAAUGUAAUGGCAAUUAAGUUCGGGAAUGAACAAUACUACCCAGGAAUAGCUUACAUUCUUUAUGAAUCGUAACAUAUGCCAGAUAUGAAAGCACUUGUAUUAAUUAAGACUAUUGAUAAAAUAAAGAUUAAGAGGAUUAUGAGAA